AUCCGGUCCCUGUUUCGACUGCAAUAGCAAUAUUUACAACGGAUUACAUAUCUGUAUUUUCCUCUUAGUGAAGUAAGAUCGGAAGAUUAUCUGGUUAUUUCUUUCCUUUCUCUAAAUGUUUGUUUAUGUUACACUUUUAAACUACAUUUCCCACACACUUAUUGUAACGCGGAAGAGGUCGUGAUGUGGCAGCUGCACGACACGGAUUAGCCUAGCAUGUGGACUUUAAAUGGGCUAGAUCACUUUAUUUAUCACUGUUACUGCGCUUUUUAAGGAUGAAACGAGUAGUUAGAGGUGCAGUCUUGUGUUUUUUCCUUUUGUUAUCGCUCGUGUGUGAGUGUGAAUGCGAUGACACUGAGCUCUCACACAGCAGGACAGAGCUGGAGAAAGCUGAGGAGAAGAAACAACAACAACAAACACACACAUUCACCUCAGGAGAAGAACCAAACCCACAAACCGACUCUCACAGUAUAAACACCACAGAAACACAGGGCAAUGAAACGUUACAUAGCAUCACGUCCGCUGCCAAGGCGACGACCUCGACCCCGCCCACGGUCAAGCCCAUCCUGCCGGUUCAGACAGGGGUCAAGGCGCAGGAGGAGGAGCAGUCGAGUGGCAUGAGCAUCUUCUUCAGCCUGCUCGUCAUCGGAAUCUGCAUCGUGUUGGUUCACCUGCUGAUCAGGUUCAAGCUUCACUUCAUGCCCGAAAGCGUAGCUGUGGUUUCACUGGGAAUCCUGAUGGGAGCAGUUAUAAAGAUCAUUGAGACUCAGGAGUUGGCCAACUGGAAGGAAGAGGAAAUGUUCAGGCCCAACAUGUUCUUCCUCCUGCUGCUUCCUCCAAUCAUCUUUGAAUCAGGAUACUCGCUUCAUAAAGGAAACUUCUUCCAAAACAUCGGCUCCAUCACGCUGUUCGCCGUCAUCGGGACGGCCAUAUCCGCCUUCAUCGUCGGGGGAGGGAUCUACUUCCUGGGGCAGGCAGACGUUAUUUACAAGAUGACAAUGACGGACAGUUUUGCGUUCGGUUCUCUGAUCUCGGCGGUGGAUCCCGUAGCCACCAUCGCCAUCUUUAACGCCCUGAACGUAGACCCGGUCCUGAACAUGCUGGUGUUUGGAGAGAGCAUCCUCAACGACGCCGUGUCCAUCGUGCUCACAAAUACUGCAGAGGGCUUCACCGGCCCCGAUGCCUCGUCUGUAACCGGAUGGCAGACGUUCAUGCAAGCGCUCGCUUACUUCCUGAAAAUGUUCUUCGGCUCAGCUGCUCUCGGUACACUCACCGGCCUCAUCUCUGCCCUCUUCCUGAAACACUUUGACCUGAGGAAGACGCCGUCUCUGGAGUUCGGGAUGAUGAUCAUCUUCGCCUAUCUGCCGUACGGUCUGUCUGAAGGGAUCAAACUGUCAGGUAUAAUGGCCAUCCUGUUUUCGGGGAUCGUGAUGUCUCACUACACUCAUCAUAACCUGUCUCCUGUAACACAGAUCCUCAUGCAGCAGACACUCCGCACCGUCGCCUUCAUGUGCGAAACCUGUGUGUUUGCCUUUCUGGGUCUCUCCAUUUUCAGCUUUCCUCACAAAUUUGAGUUUUCUUUUGUUAUCUGGUGCAUUGUUUUGGUUCUUCUCGGUCGGGCUGUAAACAUCUUCCCUUUAUCCUUCUUACUGAACUUCUUCCGUGAUCACAAGAUCACACCAAAAAUGAUGUUCAUCAUGUGGUUCAGUGGCCUGCGGGGGGCGAUCCCGUACGCCCUGAGCCUCCACCUCGGUCUCGAGCCCAUCGAGAAGCGGCAGCUCAUCGGCACCACCACCAUCGUCAUCGUGCUCUUCACCAUCUUGCUGAUGGGAGGCGGGACCAUGCCUCUAAUCCGCAUCAUGGACAUCGAGGACAACCAAUCACGGCGCAGGAACAGGAAGGACAUCAACCUGAGCAAGACGGAGAAGAUGGGUAACACAGUAGAGGCGGAGCAUCUCUCGGAGCUGACGGAGGAGGAGUACGAGGCUCAGAUUGUACACCGUCAGGACCUGAAGGGCUUCCUGUGGCUCGACGCUAAAUACCUCAAUCCCUUCUUUACACGCAGACUGACGCAGGAGGAUCUGCUGCACGGCCGAAUCCAGAUGAAAACACUGACCAAUAAGUGGUACGAGGAGGUGCGGCAAGGUCCGUCUGGCUCUGAGGACGAGGACGAGGAAGCUGAAUUACUCUGAACCACACACACACACACACACACACACACACACACACACACUUCUGCUGAAUGUGUUACAUGGGCUGUACCAAGUCACUGGAUCGUCGACACUUUUUUCACAUAAAUUAUUAUAAAAAGUGUCAAAGUGAACUGGGAUUCUGACCUCAGAGCAAUAGCAGGUUUAUUUCUUUAUCUUCUGGGGUUUUAUAAUGAAGUUGUUUUUUUUUACAUUAAAUAAAACGAUUGUAUCAAAUGUCAACAUCUGGAAUGAAGACAAAUUACACACACACACGGAUUCACAAACAAACAAAAGUCGGCUUGUUUAUCUCCGUCUCAGGAACGGUUGUACUGUAAACGGAACGGUGAGGAACCGUAAAGGAGUGAAACGCUGUUAAAGUGCUGACGCUGGAGACUCCUUCUGUACGUGUUACACAACUCAGCCGAGUUGCUAUAGAAACUAGAGGUCUCCUCGGGUCUACAGAAAUGAACCCGACCCGAAGUGACCCGAAUCACUUUUUACCCCGAACCCGACGUGCAACUUUUUUUUUUUUUUUUUUUUUUUAAGAAGGACCCGACCCGAGACAAACCCAAAAAAAACAGACCCGAGUCCGACCCGUUGUCGUUUUUAACCCGCCGGACCCGAAUGUUGUGUAACUCUACACUAAAGUAACCACCACAGCGUGGAUUCAAAAUUGAUUGACAGGUCUGUUUCAACGUAAAUUAGCUCACCGCCAGUCACACGUCACCAGCCACACGUUACAAGCGGUCUUGGCAAACAGAGGAGAGGUUGGAGAAGGACUCGAGUCGAGGCACACACACGAGCUACAGUAGUUCGGGUCUUCUCGGGUCCGUUCGGUAAAAACACGUUCAUUUUAAAUUACCCGAGACCCGACACCCGGGUUAUUAUACCCGACCCGUGUCCGAGACACACGUGAAACCUUUAGAUUCGAACCCGCUCGGCUCUCGUGUCGGACCUCGGGUUUUCGGGUCUAAGUGGAACCCGUGAGUUCCUCUAACAGAAAGAUAUUAGAACCUAUUAGAAGGAGCUCGUUAGCACAAAGCGGCGCCGCUGUAAAGAAACCGAAUCAAGGCCUUCUCUAUAGAGAGAGGAGAUUAGAUCGGAUUCACGGUCGUAUUUGUCUUUAUUCCAGAUUAUUUAGUCCUGCCGCGAACGUACGCGUUUGGCCGGGAGGGGGGAGGGGCGGUCUUUUUUUUUUUUCUGCUCGUUCGUUCGAUAUUUAUUGGUUUUCUGUAUAAUCCUGAGGAAUAAUUAGAGAUUUUCUGGUUGUUCCUGUCGCUACUGAAGGAGAAGGUAGGAUAAAGUCUGACGUCAGACAAUCAGACACCGAGACGACACGAAGCCGUCGUGUUAAAGACCGAACGUGUCUGUUUAUUAACAAUAAGCUCACAUGUCCACCGGGAGGACAGUAAUCUAGUUUUAGACAGAACAGUGAGAUUAUUCAGCACAUUUGUGACGGUUACUAGAAAGAAAUGAAGAUGUAUUUUGUGGGUUUUUAUAAUGUUUGUUUUUAAAGCGAUAAACCAUCAGAUUUAACUUAUUUAAACAUAACAAAGUGUCCGAAAUGAUGCAAAGUCAGAGAAAUUUAUUCUGUUUAAUAUCAGUAAAGAAAAAUAAAUAAUAUGAACGCUAAAGUUUGGUCGUAUUGCAUAAAGGCUAAAGAUUUCAACUUUGUUUUCGUCCGAACUUUUUGAAAUGCUAAUUUAUUUAUUUUUUUUUGCAAGAAAUUUUUAGAUCAACUCUAAAACUCUAAUACAUUUUCUUUUUUCCAUGGGGGGCCUAAACUUUUGCACUCGAUGUGCCACAUACAAACUCCACAGAUGAAGGAGAACGAGGAGACUCUGGAGGUUCCGUUAGUGGGGUUAAAAGUUUCUUUUAGCCAAAAAAAAAAACAACAAACCAAGCCGAGCCGUUUUCAUCGGACGGUUUCGUAGCGAGUGUCGAAGCUGCUGUUUACGUCUAAUCACAGCGUGACGUCCGAUCGUCACACGUCCGAGCGAUGAGGACAACAUGCUGUGUGAAACCUGCUGAUGAAGGAACUGAUUCAUGCUUUCAGCUUCGAUUUUCCUGCUCAGGAGAAACAUUUCUGUUUUCUGUAACACUGUGACUGAAAGGUGAAAUAAAUCGGUUACAGCACA